CGGAAGCCCGAGGCCGCGCCGGCCUCUCUUCCUGCCGCUCCUGCUGCCCUUUCCCCGCCGCGUUGUCACGCCCGGUUGGACGCCGAGCACGAAGCCGGAAUACCCGAGGGAGGGAAGGGGAACUUUAAAUGUCUUCAGAGGACAAAGAAGCUCAGGAAGACGAGCUUCUUGCUUUGGCAAGUAUUUAUGAUGAAGAUGAGUUCAGAAGAGCAGAGUCUGUACAGGGAGGAGAAACCAGAAUCUCUGUGGACCUGCCUCAGAACUUCAGCAUAUCUGUUAGAGGCAAUCAGACGGACGGUCUUCAGAACAGCAACUUUGAAUGUAUGGUUUGCUUUUUGCCUCCAGUAGUGCUGAAUUUUGAAUUCCCAGAAGACUACCCUUCAACCUCCCCACCCGUGUUCACUCUCAGUAGCAAGUGGCUCUCCCGGGCGCAGCUCACUGCUCUUUGCAAGCGCUUGGACAACAUAUGGGAAGAAAACAGAGGCUCGGUAGUCUUAUUUGCUUGGAUGCAGUUCCUCAAGGAAGAAACCUUGGCAUAUCUGAAUAUUGGCUCACCGUACGAAGCAAAGAUCUGUGAACAAAGGGAAGAAUGGAGCAGGACAAACGAAGAGGAAGCUUCCUGUGGUGCAGCAGGUGGUGCAGCAGCAGCAGCAACACAGGAAGAGGGCCUUGACGCGAGAGCCGUGCAAGACGUUGAUUCCCUGUCUAGCCUGAUUCGGGAGAUUCUAGACUUUGACCUGGCUCAAAAGGAAAAGUGCUUCAACAGUAAAAUGUACACCUGUAAUAUCUGUUUUUCUGAAAAGCUGGGAAGUGAAUGCAUGUACUUUUUGGACUGCAGGCACGUGCACUGCCGGGCUUGCUUAAAGGACUACUUUGAACUUCAAAUCAAAGAGGGGCAGGUCCAUUGCCUGAAGUGUCCGGAACCCAAAUGUUCUUCGGUCGCUACACCUGGGCAGGUGAAAGAGCUGGUCGAAGAACAAUUAUUUGCCCGUUAUGAUCGUCUGCUGCUUCAGUCAAGCUUGGAUUUGAUGACAGAUGUGGUCUAUUGCCCACGCUCAUGGUGCCAAAGCCCAGUGAUGCAAGAGCCAUCUAGCACAAUGGGCAUCUGUCCGAGAUGCAAUUACGCCUUUUGUACAUUGUGUAACAAGACCUACCAUGGUCUCUCUCCAUGUAAAGUCACUGCAGACAAGUUACUAGAUCUGCGAGAAGAGUACCUUGAAGCAGAUGAGCUCUCAAAGCAGUUUUUAGAGAAACGCUAUGGGAAAAGAGUGAUUGAAAAAGCUCUGGAGGAGAUGGAAAGUCAAGAUUGGUUGGAAAAAAAUUCCAAAUUAUGUCCUUCCUGUGCAACUCCUAUAGAGAAGCUAGAUGGAUGUAACAAGAUGACAUGCACUGCGUGCAGGCAGUAUUUCUGUUGGAUCUGUAUGAGAAGUCUGUCCAGGACAAACCCUUAUACUCAUUUUCAGGAUCCAGGCUCUCCAUGCUUUAACCGGUUAUUUUAUGCUUUGGAAAAUGAAGAUGACAUUGUGGAUGAAGAAUUCUACUAGUUCCUACUCAUUACUGAAGAUGAAGAAAAAUGAUGUUGAACUAUGCAUACUUUCUUCAAGGUUGUUUUGAACACUGGCAGAUUAUAAAGCAAAGAAGUUAUUGAAGACGCUUAGAGAAUUGCUUUUGUAUCCUGUUACAAAAAGCCUUUAGCUGCAUGGGAUGAUCUAAGAUCUUUCUAAAAAGAUCAAGUGGAACACUGAAUAACGGUGUGAAAUAAUAAAAAUUUCAUCGUGCUAUCUUGUAAGUUGCCCUGUUGCCACUAAAAUUGAUCCAGGAACAAGUGGAAAAUGGGAAAAUGUACCUGCUCUGUGCUUUUUCGUUGUGUGUGGUGCCAGUGGCAAUGAAAACAUUGCUACAAAACUUAAAAUUCAUUACUGUU